AUGCAGCGUCAUGUGGAAACCCAAUGCCAUGGAGAUUGGGUUAAGGGGCUUUUGAGAUCAAUUGGACACACUACUAGUGUCAUGGCUGAGUGGUGGGCAUUGCGUGACAACUUGAAUUUGGCCAUUGAAUUAGGAAUAAGCCAACUAGAAAUAGAGCUUGAUGCCAAGGUGAUUGUGGAGAUGCUCAAAAGUACAAACUGUCCUAACAAAAGUUUUACUACUUUACUGUGUGAUUGCAGGUGUCUCAUGGCCAAGUUCAAGCAGGUUCGGGUGGGGCAUGUGUUUAGAGAGGCAAAUAAAUGUGCCGACCUUUUGGCUAAGAGGGGUUGUCCCUUGAUGGAGAAUUUUGUUGUGUUUGAUACCUCUCCCACUGAUGAUUUAAAUAUAUUGCUUGAAGCUGAUAGGAAUGGGUUGUUUUAUUAUAGGCAUGUUGCCAAUAUUUUGGCCUCUGUGGCCAUUUUGUAA